UGCACUCCUCGGGUACUGGGGAUCACGCUCAUCACCUCGCACGCGAGGGCGGGGCGAGUCGCCGGUGCUCAGUCACUGUUCGACGGAAUGCCUGCAAGGAAUGUUGUGCGCCCUGGUGACGGGAGGGAGGCGCUGGGGUGUUCUCAAAUGCAGGCCAAAGGUCCAUAGAGAUAAAUCUUUGGCCUGGAGCAAUUUAGAUGAGUUGCCCCGGAAGUUUUUUUUUUGGAGAAGGAGGAUCACCCCCGGCCUCUGAGCGCAUCAUCAAUUUUAGAGAGUUUGUCUUUGUCCAGCAGCAAUUUUAGAUGAGUUGCCCCGGAAGUUGAUGCGUGGGCGUAUCAUCAACAUCAUAUUGCAGGACAGCAAGGGGAAUAUUUUGGUCAAGGGGUGGUGAAGUAGCCCAUCUUGAUGAGCUCGCAGGAUUAGGCGUUGGAGGAUGUCCGCUACCAGGAUAAAAACAUAGGGGCAGAGGGGGUCUCCCUGGCGGAGCCCAUUUUUGCAGCUGAUCCAAUUGCCUGGCACCUCAUUGGGCAUGAUAGCUGUUUCUCCUGAGGAUAGUAGCGAGUUAAUCCUAGCAACCCAUUUGGGUGGGAAGCCCAUGUGGAUUAAGAGUUGUAGGAGGGGUUUCCCAAGCGAUGGAGUCGAAAGCUUUGCGGAAAUCAAGUUUGAAGAUCAUCGUCGUGGCUUUACUAGAAUGACAACAAUUGAGCAGGUUUUCGAUAUUACGGUCGUUAAGCCAUCUGCAUUUGUGGAAUAUGGAUUGGGUUGUUUGGAGCAACUUGCUGAUUCUGGGGAUCAUAGUGCAAGAUCAGUUCGCAAUAACCUGAGAGUCAUGGUAGCAGGAGGUGAUGGUACAGUAGGUUGGGUGCUGGGAUGCUUAGGAGAACUAUAUGUGCAGAACCGGGGACCGGUUCCUCCAGUUGCUGUCAUACCCCUUGGAACAGGAAAUGAUCUUUCCAGGAGUUUUGGUUGGGGUGCUUCAUUUCCUUUCUCAUGGAAAGCAGCUGCUAAACGAUCUCUCUACAAGGCUAUUUUGGGCACAGUUUCAUGUUUAGACAGUUGGCACAUCGUCGUUUCUAUGCCAGAAGAAGGAGAAGAACAAGAACUGGAUCUUCCCCACUCCCUUAGGCACCUCGGAGAGUGUACAUUUUAUGAUGAUGGCACUGCUGAGGGAGAGUUGUCUGAGACAGUUUGUUGCUUUGACGGCGUCUUCUACAAUUACUUCAGCAUAGGGAUGGAUGCUCAAGUGGCUUACGGAUUUCACCAACUACGUGAUGAAAAGCCAUUCCUUGCCAGUGGUCCUUUAUCUAAUAAGUUAAUUUACGCAGGAUACACUUGCAAGCAAGGGUGGUUCUUUACACAGUGUAUUAGUGACCCUGAACUACGGGGACUGACAAACAUUAUCCGUUUAUCAAUAAAGAAGAUGGACAGUUCUGAGUGGGAGCACAUCCCUGUACCAUCAAGUGUAAGGGCUAUUGUUGCGUUAAACCUUCACAACUAUGCGAGUGGAAGGAACCCAUGGGGAAAUUUGAAGCCUGAAUACUUGGAAAAGAAAGGAUUUGUCGAAGCCCAAUCAGAUGAUGGCCUUCUUGAAAUAUUUGGGUUGAAGCAAGGGUGGCAUGCAUCCCUUGUGAUGGUUGAACUUAUAUCUGCCAAACACAUAGCACAGGCAGCAGCAAUCCGGCUAGAGAUCAAAGGUGGCCAAUGGAGGGAUGCAUAUAUGCAAAUGGAUGGGGAGCCAUGGAAGCAACCACUGAGCACCGAGUAUUCGACAUUCGUUGAUAUCAAGAGGGUGCCUUACCCAUCAAUGAUCAUCAGCGGUGCAGAUCGCUAAUGAGAGCCGACGAUUUUAUGCGCUCGCCUAGCUGGACCUGCAAAGAGCAGUUUUCAGCUUCCAGCCUGGAAGCUCGAUGAAUUACAAGCUCAAUCCUGAUCAUCCUUGUGCAAAGCCGUAACAAUAUAUGAAGCUGUGGAUACAUAGAAUUUGUAUAGCAACGACAGAAUGUAGCCAUGCCACUGCUUUGAUCUGAGUUAUGAACUUAAUAUCAUGCGUACUGGAUGAAGUUGCUCUUGCAAAUUGUUUAGUUAUUCGAGGGUGAUACUGACAAUUUUGUUGUAAAAGCGAGGCUUGAGACAAACUAAUUUUUGCCAAGUAGGAAACUUUAUGGAAACUAUUAGGCGAUGUGAUAUAUAUAACCAACAUUACUACGAGGAAGCUCAUAUCCUCGUGCAUACU